AUGUCAUCAAACGACUACUACGGCAACAGUGGCCAGCAGGGCUACAACCAGGGCUACCAGCAGCAGCAGGGUUACGGUCAGCAGGGCGGUUAUGCCCCUCAGCAGCCAACCUACGCUGGUGAGCAGCACCAGCAGCACGGCAACUAUCCUCCUCAGUCACACUCCCCGUACCAGCAGGGCGGCGGCUACAACGCUCCCCAACAGCACGGAUACGGCGGACCCCAACAGCCCACAUACGCCCAGGGAUCCCAUAACCAGGGCUACUCCUCGGGUCACGACAACCGCAGCACAUCUUCCUAUCCUCAACAACAACAAUACGGCCAGCAGCAGCAUGGUCAACAAGGUUACGGACAGCAGGGGUACGGCCAGCAGGGUCCCUAUGACCCCAAUGCCCCUGUCGGCCCCGAUGGUGAGCGCGGUCUCGGCGCGACACUAGUUGGCGGCGGAGCGGCCGGAUGGGCCGCGCACAAGGCCGGCGGUGGUCUUCUCGGCACCCUCGGUGGUGCGGUCGCCGGCGCGAUCGGCGCGAAUCUUUUGGAGAACAGAUUUGACAAGAAGAAAGACAAGAAGGACAAGAAGCAUAAGAAGGACAAGCACCACAAGCGUGGCCUGAGCGGUAGCUCCAGCUCGAGCAGCGACUGA